AACGGCCCAGAGUGGAGUGGCGGCGCGGGACGGACACGGGGAGUGAGGAGCAGGCAGAGCGAGACCGGGGAACAGAGGCGUGUGGAGCAGCACCACAGUAGCAGGCGGCAAACUCUGCCCACUGUACUCCAGUACCACAGUAGCAGGCGGCAAACUCUGCCCACUGUACUCCAGUACCACAGUAGCAGGCGGCAAACUCUGCCCACUGUACUCCAGUACCACAGUAGCAGGCGGCAAACUGCUGCCCACUGUACUCCAGUACCACAGUAGCAGGCGGCAAGCUGCUCACUGUACUCCAGUAUCACAGUAGCAGGCGGCAAGCUGCUCACUGUACUCCAGUACCACAGUAGCAGGCGGCAAACUCUGCUCACUGUACUCCAGUACCACAGUAGCAGGCGGCAAACUCUGCCCACUGUACUCCAGUACCACAGUAGCAGGCGGCAAACUCUGCCCACUGUACUCCAGUACCACAGUAGCAGGCGGCAAGCUGCUCACUGUACUCCAGUACCACAGUAGCAGGCGGCAAACUCCGCCCACUGUACUCCAGUACCACAGUAGCAGGCGGCAAACUCUGCCCACUGUACUCCAGUACCACAGUAGCAGGCGGCAAACUCUGCCCACUGUACUCCAGUACCACAGUAGCAGGCGGCACUCUCCGCCCACUGUACUCCAGUACCACAGUAGCAGGCGGCACUCUCCGCCCACUGUACUCCAGUACCACAGUAGCAGGCGGCAAACUGCUGCCCACUGUACUCCAGUACCACAGUAGCAGGCGGCUAACUGCUCACUGUACUCCAGUAUCACAGUAGCAGGCGGCAAGCUGCUCACUGUACUCCAGUACCACAGUAGCAGGCGACAAGCUGCUCACUGUACUCCAGUAUCACAGUAGCAGGCGGCAAACUCUGCCCACUGUACUCCAGUACCACAGUAGCAGGCGGCAAACUCUGCCCACUGUACUCCAGUACCACGGUAACAAGCUGCCCACUGUACUCCAGUACCACGGCAACAAGCUGCCCACAGUACUCCAGUACCACAGUAGCAGGCGACAAGCUGCCCACUGUACUCCAGUACCACGGCAACAAGCUGCCCACAGUACUCCAGUACCACAGUAGCAGGCGGCUAGCUGCCCACAGUACUCCAGUACCACGGCAACAAGCUGCCCACUGUACUCCAGUACCACGGUAGCAAGCUGCCCACUGUACUCCAGUACCACAGUAGCAGGCGGCACACUCUGCUCACAGUACUCCAGUACCACGGUAGCAAGCGGCGGAGCGGGGACCAUGUCGGGCGAGGACGUGGCGGCGGACGCGCAGCAACUGCAGGAUCUGGAACUACAGAUCGACCAGACUGCUUUCUAUUUAACAAAAGUUUGGGAAGUCACAUCAUCUCUUUCAGCUCAAGUGGAAGACCUAACUGCAAAAUGUUCAGCAAAUGCUCAGUUUCUGAAAGCAUGGAGGGAUCUACUCAAAGAGGGGUAUGAAUCCCUGAAGCCAGACAACUGAUCAGAAAGAUGAGCAAUAUUAUUCUUUGAAGAACAUCAUGUUUAAUGUGGGAAGCCUAAUGACUCACUUUUAAAGUCAAGAAAGCCAUCAUCACUAGUAAACCAAAUGAAUAUAUAGCUAUCUAAAGAAAAGAAGAAUGGUAAAUAAUGGUAAAUAUAGUGUACAUAAGUACAUUCUAGAAGAUAUUUAUGUUGGAUAUUAAUUUGGUCCAAAGUGUAUCUUGCCAAUAAAUUGAAAGUUUUUAGCUCCUUGGAUCUAAGAAGACCAGCUGAAAUGAGCUGAAUCAAGAAAAUUAUCAUUUGAAACCGUAUUCUUCAAAGUUAAAAUGUACAUUUGUUUAGGCCUUGUCCACAAGUAGUCCUGUUACAUUUUGAUUCUUUCUAAUUGUCUUAGUUAAAUGGGAGGGAGACGUAUAUUUCCUUUGCCAUUAACCACAACUCUGACUUUUCUCCACUCCAGUCUUUGGAAAUGUCAUUGAUGAGUGCUCAAACUACAUUUUUUGAAUAUUAUUCUGCAAAUGGAUCUUCAUCUCGUGAUUCUGACUGAUAUAAAAACAUGGGCAGUGAACCCUAAAGUUGUUUACUAUCGAUAAAUGUGCCUCCCCUUAGUUACUUUAAUGUAAUCAGAAGCAUUGGUGAAAUAUUUUAUUUCUUACUGUGCUUUGCAUAAGGUAAGAAAUUAUUAGCAGAAGGAUUAUACCUCGAAGCAUACCGAAUUCUGUGGCCGUUUUUUUUCCCUUUUAAGAUCUAAAUCAUCUAUAGUUUAUUGACCAUUCCAGUCAAAGCGAUGAUUAUAUUUUUGAGGGUUUUCUACACAUUAGCAUUAAAAUGGCCGUACGUUUAAGAAAAGUGCAUUGCAGCAGCAAGUUUUGAUUAUAGUUAUUUGAUAUUCUUGAUAUUGAAAUGUUUUUAAAAUUAUCAAGUCUUUUGGGCAUAGUGGACAGUUUACUACUUAGCUUGAUUUUAAAUUUAGAAUUAUUAAAAAUAAAAUAUAUACACAAUACAACCAUUUAGUUUUUUCCUAAAAUAUAAAACACAAUACUAGUAAUAAUCAGGUCAAGCAACAAUGUGGAGAGAAAUAAACGUAGCAUGUCAAUGAUCGUUAAUCUUAAUCUUCAAUUGAAAUAUUAAUUUUGCUAUCUUUUUCUAUCCUUUGUAUUCAAUGUUUGUUUGGAGCAGAUGUCUUGUGUAUUUGAUGUAUAUCCAUUAAAUGGAACACUUUCAGAAAAAUGUUAUUUAGGUAUUCAUAUGCUGUAGUGACAUUGCCAAAUUAUUAAAUACAAUUUCAUAUUAUGCAGUCAAA